AUGGAGAAGAACCCAUUCUGGCAGAACGUUCAGGGCCCAUUCCCCACUUGGAAGGCACCUCAAGGCGUUAAGGCCGAUGGCGGCGGCAACGUGCGCGGUCAGGGGCUGGUUGGCCGCAUGCUGAUUCACCGCGCCGUGUUCAACCGCAACAAGGAUGAAAUUGUCCGCCUGGUCGACGCGGGCGAGGACAUCAACGAGGUGGAGGGCGCCGGCAACACGCCGCUGCACAACGCCGCCUGGGCCGGCUGGUUGGAGGGCGUGGAGCUCCUGCUGGGGCUGGGCGCCAAGGUGGACGCCAGCAACAAUGCGGGCGACAGGCCAUGGCACUGGGCGACCAACAUGGGCCAUGCUGAGGUGGCUGAGCUGCUCAUCAAGAACGGCGCCAGCAAGCAGCAAGGCAAGGUGCUGGUGCAGGAGCACGUCCCCAAAGUCAAAGACUUCUUCUCAAAGCCCUGCUGGGCGCACCACCCCAAGCCCUACGCCGAUUUUGUUGAGUUCAGGAAGAAGGAGCACGCUGCACUUGAGGAGGAGCGCAAGAGGGCAGUGCGCGUGUGA